GCAGAUGACGCCGGGUAAAGCCGGCUGAGAGCCUGCCCAGCCCCGCCGCUGGCCGCGCACCCUCCGCGGCCGCGCAGUCGGGUCGGGCGGGCUCCAGCAGCCGGGCAGGAUGGACGUGGCCGUGGACUGGUACCUGGUCGUCCCGCUGCUUUUCACCGUCCUGGCCAUCGUCCUCGCCUCUGUCUUCGUGAGGCUGCGGAGAGGCGAGGGGGAGCGGCCGGCGGAGCGGCCCCGGGAGCCGGCGGCAGCUGAGCCGGCCCGGGAGGGCGGCCCCGGCUCCGGAGGCGAAGUGGCGCCGGAGGGAGCGGGACCGGCCGAGGGGUCGGAGGACGAGAGGGGCCGGUUGCCGGUAGAGGAGGUCGGAGCGGGCGAGGAGGAGGAGAAGAAGAAGGAGGCGGCUGUUGAGCAGCGGGAGGAGGCGGCGGAGCCGGGCCCCGCGGCCGAGCCCAGCCCCGCGGCGGCCGAGAGCAUCAUCCCCCGGCAGCCGCCCGCCGAGCCCCGGGAGCCCGGGCACCGGGAGGAUGCGGAGAGCAAGAUACCAACUGUGGGUGCCUCAUCUGGGUCCAGUCCUGGGCACAUGGGACCAGCGGAAGAUGGAGUUGGCCAGGCUGAGCUUCCCAGCAAGGCAGAGGUGCGUGGGACGGGGAGGUGGCACAGUGAACCGUGCGCUGGUGACCCUGCACAGGAAGAAGAUCCAGACUCAGAAAAUGAGAAGCUGAUGGUGAGAGAGCCUGAGGAUGAGGAUGCUGCAGAUGAGACGUUCUCUUUUAAAUACAGUCCUGGAAAGCUGAGGGGAAACCAGUACAAGUCAAUGAUGACCAAAGAAGAACUCGAGGAAGAACAAAGGAUUGAGCUGACCUCUGAUCUCACAUCUCUGUAGCGAGUACCUUAGGUCCUCGGCCACAAACAUUCUUGCAAAUCUUUUUGAACUGAAGACUAUAUGAAGUUGUCCCUAGCCUCCUCCUAAAGACAUCCCUUGGCAUCUUUAAAGGCUUGAGAGAAAUACCAAAACCAACCAAACACACCCAUAAGAGAAAUGCAUAAACACUUAAAACUUGGGAUCCCCUCUCGGUCUGAAGUUGAGUUCUUCAAAAACUUCUGUGAUACCAAGUUUGAGGAGAUCCUGUUGUAUAGCUCCAUGGACUGGGGCUGGGCCCAAGCAGUGACAUGAGUUGUGUUUGGGGGACUGGGAUGUCCUAGGAGAUGAACCUUCCUCCCUCUCCCCCAAACAGAACCCAAAUUGGACACUAAAUCUACAGCGAGUCUAUUAGUUGUGUUCAUUAUCAUGUAUUAGGCCUGCCAAGAAAUCUGUGUUGUUGUUUUAUCGAGAUGGGCGAACCAUAGCUCUUCCCCCAGACCAGCCUGGACCUUAUACCAGAUUAUCCAGUUGUUUCUUCCUGGGGCCAAACUCCUCUUCAUUGCUGGGGGGUGGGAACUGCCUAUGAUUCCAAAUGUUGCACAAUGCUGCUUUAUUCUGAGGGGUGGAGGGACAAAGUGGGGUCCAAGAGAGGGAUGGCAGAUGGUAGCUGGACUGACUCAAAUCUUGCUUCUGUAGUGAUUUUGGCAGAGAGCCGAUUCCGUAGGUAGACAGAAGACUUGAGAAGUGAUGAAGAUUGAUAGUUUAGCUGUUCUGCUUGUGGUGGAGGUUUAGGAGACCACACUUUGGCUGCUGUUAAUAUCUGGAUUCUCACUCUUCCCUACUCUGGUUCCCAAGAGGAGAGACCCAAGGAGGUAGCUAUGGCAUCAGGGGUUCCCUCUGGCUCAGGAUGAGAUUUUGGGGGUCCUGGAAGAACCACCCUCCCCAUUCCACUGCCUGCUUGCUGUUGCAGUGCCCUCUCCUCUUGCUAGCUGUGUGGCUUGUCCACUGGAGCCGGAGCUCAGCGUUGCUCCUCAGCUCUGUCACAUCUAGAAGACAAAUCCAGCUGGGUGUGUAUACCUGCUUCACACAGAGCAGGUUUCAAAUCCAACCCAGCUGGUUUGGGAGGGUGAAAAGAGGGCCUGUGUCCCCUAACGAUGGUGUAAAAACACCAGGCUGGGUGGGGAUGUGUCCUUCGAAGUUUCUCACUGCAGGACAACUGCCUCUUGGCUAAUGCUGCAAACAUAUCAGAAACCCAACAGGCUGCUUUUGUUUUGUUUUGUUUUUCCUUUUUAAUCCCUAUGCAGACAAUACUUGAAACCUUGUACACAGUUGUCCUUUCCAGCGCCUGGGGUUGGCAAACUCUUCAUAAAAGGGCUCAUUUAAAGAACAGCAGGAGGCUUCAGCUUUACAAGAGGCUGGUCUGUCCCUUCCCAGCCGACAACUGCAAGCGUGUUUGGUGGUUUGCAUAAGAAUUUAGGCACAUCUGGACCCUCUGCUUCAACGUCCCGCUGGUACAGCCGCUGUCUCCCCUCGGUGCUGGCUGGCUGACUGUGUCCCGAGCACCCAACUAUGCAAAGAAUGCCUUAUAUACAUUGUGUUUAAGUUACAUGGCAAUAUGUACAUCGAGCAAAGUCUAUAGUUGAGUCCAGAUUUUUUGCUAGUGGCAGCAAGUCAAGCUAUUUCUUCAACUCAAAUGGCUGUCUGGGUAUUUUUUACUUUUGUUUGUUUAGGUUGUUUGUUUUGUAUCUGAUGGUGGCUCUUAUACAAAGGACUGUAAUUCUAGUGGCUUGAAUCUGUAAAAAUUGCCUUUGUUUGGUCCAAUAAAUCUUUGAAUAGUU